AUGGGUGUUCUUGGAGCUAUUGCAAGACAUUUGGAUGCAAUCAUCGGACCUGGGGCGAUGCUUCUCUAUCCUCUAUAUGCAUCUAUGCGAGCUAUCGAGAGUCCUUCAACCCUUGAUGAUCAACAAUGGCUGACGUACUGGGUUCUAUACUCAUUCAUCACCCUCUUUGAACUAUCCUUCUGGAAAAUCCUUCAAUGGCUGCCCUUCUGGCCAUUCAUGAAGCUGGUGUUUUGCUUGUGGUUGGUGUUGCCGAUAUUCAACGGAGCAGCCUACAUUUACGAGAACUUCGUGAGGAAAUAUGUUAAGGUUGGGAGCCAUGUUAACUCCAACUACCCAGAAAACCAAAGAAGGGUUCUUCAGAUGAUGAGUCUUGAUGCCCGAAAAUCCGUGGAGAGAUAUAUUGAAAGAUACGGACCAAAUGCCUUCGAAAGAGUUGUUCAAGCGGCCGAAAAGGAAGCAAAGAAGCGCUAG